AUGAACAAACAGGUAAGAAGAAUCGACACUUCAAAGAAAACGAAAUGUAUGUGUCUGACAAACACCGUGUCCAGUAUAAUUGGUCGACUUGGUGUAAUAAUUAGUCGAUAUCCUCUCUAUUUUGUCAUUGUUCCUGUCAUUAUUUCCGGUUUAUUAUCAAUCGGACUUAUCAAGGUUCAUACGAACGACGACAACGAUUCUCUCUUAGCUGGAAACAGGGGAAAAGUUUUUGAUGCCAAACAGUUUAUACAUAAUUCAUUUCAUAUCAAUUCGGGUAGAUUCGAUUUUUUACGACUUACUAAACGCCCGCUUUUUCCAAUGAUCUACAUAGUAAAUGACAGAGAAAGCAACAUUUUACACAAAACGUUCUUAAAAGAAAUACAAAUUGUAGAUCAGGUUGUAAAAAAUACCACAGCUAUUGUAGAUGGAAAGAUUAUUGGUUACUCUGACGUGUGCCAGAUUGUAGAUGGCAAGUGUUUAGAAAAUACUCUUAUUGAUCUGCUGAACGACUCCGAAAAUGCUAUCCAUAAAAUAUUAAAAAUGAAGUAUCCCGUUAAUAUGGAUCCUCUAACAUACGCGUACAAAAUCCUUUGUCUGAAUUUAGGAGGGGUGAAGACAGACGACAAAGGAUACAUAAUUGAAGCAAAAGCCGUUCGUUUACUGUAUCCGACGGACGAAUCGAAUGCAAGUAAGAAAAUGUGGAAUGAAGAAUGGAAAACAGCAGUUUACAACAAGUUAAGAGAUUAUACUUUCGAGCAUAUUAAAGCAUUUCCCGAUCCAUUCGCGUCUACCGAUUAUGAAAUAAAACGCAUUUCACAGGAAUUAGUGUCCUUGAUAAGCGUGGCUGUAAUCGUCGUUGCCAUUUUCUCCAUGGUGACGAACAUGACAAACAAUUGGGUGAAAUCCAAACCCUGGUUAGGCGUAUCUGCUGUCGUAUCUGCGGGUCUCGCUAUUGCCACCACUUUUGGGUUUUUAUCCGCCUGUGGAGUACAAAAUGUUCGGUGGAACGUCAGUCUUCCUUUCAUGAUUCUUGCUACGGAAGUGGACGACUCGUUUGUCGUAUUGGCUUGUUGGAAGGUAACAGAUUGCGACGACAGCGUGGAAAAGCGAAUGGAACAGACAUAUCGCAACGCUGCAGUGUCCAUCACCAUAACGUCUCUAACGAAUUUCUUCUCCUAUUGCAUUGCCAUGACCUCACCAUUUCCGAGUGUAAGAAUAUUCUGUUUGUAUGCUGCAACGAGCAUCUUUUUCAGUUAUUUCUUUCAGUUAUUAUUUUUUGGUGGAUGUUUGGCAUUAAGUGGAUACAGGGAAGAGAAGAAUCUUCAUCCUUUCACAUUUAAACCAGCUUUUGAAACUGUUGGACAAAGUGACUUUUACAAAAAAGAAAAUGAAGACUGUUUUAUGAAGUUCUUCAGAGAUACAUUUUCGGCUUUUAUUUUUCAUCCUGUAUCACGAAUUCUUAUUAUUUUAUCGUAUUUUAUAUUAUUGUCAACUAGUAUAUGGGGUGUUAUGUCCUUACAAGAAGGGCUGAAUGUCCGCAAAUUCAAUUCAGAAAGCUCCGACAUUACACAGGGAUUUCAUGUUUUCUAUAAAUAUUUUACCCAAUACCCUUUUACGGUGCACGUCGUAAUUAACGAAACUUUAGAUUAUUCUAAUCCACGAGUUCAAGAAUCAGUUAAUAAUUUCUUGGAAAAAUUUCACACUAUUGAAAAUAUUGCCAGACAGGAGUACGAACUUUCUUGGUUAAAAUAUUAUAAGGAAUUCCAAAAUCAUCCCAUUUCGAAAUAUUCUUUAAGGGGUUACGAUCUGUCUCAGAAGCAAGAUUUUAUAGAUGCUCUUAGAAACGUCUUCUUGAAAAUCACAGGAGCCAAGCAUUUUAACAAUGACAUAAUUUUUAAUCAAAAUUACACCGAUAUUGUCGCCAGUCGUUUCUUUUUUCUAGCGAAAAAUGUUUCGGACAGAGUAAGAGAAUACAAAAUAGUUAAGGAUUUAUUGAAAACAGCCGAAGAUGCGCCAUUUUCCGUUGUAAUCCAUACAUUGAUAGCACCUAUAAUCGAACAAGGAAUCGUUAUCAAACAGAUAACAUUUCAGCUGUUUUGGAUCACUUCCUUGUUAAUUUUCGGCAUUUUCGUUUCUUUAAUUCCCAAUUUGCAUUGCGCUGUUAUUGUCGCUACCUGUGUCGUGUCCAUCACCGUGCAGACGAUCGGAUUCGUGUCUUUAUGGGAUAUCAAUCUAGAUAUCCUGUCUCUGCUUAGCUUGACUCUCAGCAUCGGGUUCUGUGUUAAUUAUCCUACCCAUAUAUGCUAUUCUUUCGUUACUUCACUACAAGCAACGACUGAAAAGAAGUUAAAGGAUCGUUUAUGUCACGUGGGUUUCCCGUUAAUUCAAGGGGCAAUAUCUACUGGAUUAGUAUUGAUAAUCAUCGGCUAUUAUAAUAUGUAUGUAUACACCACUUUCGUUAAAAUCGUUUUCGUAAUUGUACUGCAAUCAGUAUUUCACGCAUUAUUUCUUAUUCCAGCAAUAAUAUCGAUAACUUCGCUAUGUACAAGAGCGUGUCAAAAACGCAGAGCAUGAAUACUAUUUGGGUGCACAUAGCUGUUAUCAUUGAUAAUAUACUCGUAAAUUUUUUAUACUCAAUUAUUAUAAAUGGGCAUAUAUUAACGAAGAUUAAUAUUUCUUGUAUUUGCUUUGACGGUUUAAAGUAUUUUCGAUGUUUGAAAAUUAUUUUUUAAUAAGUUAGAAUAUUUUAUACGUGCUUUUUAACAGUAGAAAAUUAUAUAUUUCGACUGGAUUGAGAUUGUAAAGUACAGCAAGAAAUGACGAAUACUU